AUGUCUCAGGCAGCAACUGAGCAGGUCGCUAGCGCUAGCGGAGGAGCGGUGCCAGCAUGGCGCAACUUCAGCUUCUACGAUGCCACCAAGCUCUCUGAUGCGGAGGAUCUGGCGCUGCCUCCUCGAUCGCUGCGCAACGCCACGCGCAUCGUCGCUCUCACCUCGUCCAGCGUUUGUCCACCGCUUCCUGCCUUGCAAGAUGCUACUGCGACAGAGGGGCCGCACGAGGUACACAGCCACAGCCACAGCAAUGCAAGCACGCCAUCUUCCUCGUCGCAUCCAUCAGAUGGCUGCAUCAUCUCUGCGCAAGUGGAUGGAAGGGCUGAGGUGCUGCAUGCGCGCACCUAUGCUACCCUCGCCAGCUGGAACAUGUUCCCGGGCGGCAGAGCAACGCACCUGUCUGUGGAUGGCAAGGCAAGACUGAUAUGCAUCGGAGAAGAGGCUGCUGCGCGCUUUCCUGUGCUGAGGAUCUGGGAUCUGAGACGAGUGCAGCAGGGCGCAGCGACGUGGGCUCCGCUGCUGCUCGCCUCUGCCAGAGUGCAGCAUGGAAGCAAGCCUUUGCCUGUGAGUGUCCAUGCAGUGGCGUGGCUGUGUGAUUCGGUGCACAGAAGCAAGGCGCGACGCAGAGCAAUUUGUCUGAAUUUGUUGCCUUCUGCGCCCGACUCUCCCCCUCUCUCUCUCUCUCUCUCUCUCUCCUCUUGGCUUCAUCGCAGGUGGCAGCCUUGGCGCACACGCCCAGCCUCACCUACCUCUCUGUAGCGCUUGCCGAUGGUUCGGUCUUGCUGCUGCGCUCCGUCGAUGCUUCUCUCAGCGGGCCCAUCACCAGCAGCACUGUGACUGCAAACGCUGCUGCAAACAGCGGUGCAUUGCGCGGGGACGGCUUGGCCGCGCCAGCAUUCCAGCUGCCCAAGUUCAAAGUCGUCUUUCAGCCUUCGAAGUCGAGCGCAGCAAAGUCGGCAGACGCGGCCAAUGCGGCAUCCGCAGCAGAGAUUGUCACUUCGCUAGGCUUUUCCGAAGUCGUGUCUGCCAGCAGACAAGAUGAGGGCAAGGCGGCGGCGGCGACGGCUGCACCUGCUGCUACGACGCACAUUGCCUCUCGUCAGCGCCUCAACGCUCGCGGCGAGCUGCCCAGAUCGGCGAUGCGCAAACAGCAAGGGCAGCGUCUGCAAAAGCCGUUGCCGUUGCCGUUGCAGAGCGCCAGCGCGGUGCACCUGCUUAUCGUGACGCUUGAGCGCGUGCUGCGGUACAAUGUCCUUGGACCAUCCGCCGGCAACCCUGCUGCUGUGGUGGACGACGUUGGCUGUGGCUUGUCUUGCGGAGUCAUGGUGCAAGGCCCUUUGCUCCCCGCAUCCUCUGCCUCGACGGUGGAUCAGCAAUCUGCAUUGCAGGGCAAGAUGGUCAUCGCGAGGCAGGAAGCCAUCUACAUUGUCGGUGCUGAAGGCAGAGAAGUUUGCUUGGCUUAUGAUGGUGAGUGCGAGAUGGACAUCAGACUGCGAUGCUGUGAGCCAGCGAGCGUGUAGAGCUGAAAUGUUGACGUUGACUGCACUUCGUCAGAGCCCAAGAGGUCCGUGCACCUCCUCAACACUCACCUCGUCAUCGUCUCGCCGCCCGUGCCCGUGCCCGUGCCCGCUUCUGCACUCUCCGCGCAGGCUCGCAAGCCUACGUCUUCAGCAGAUCCGGCCGCUGCUGCUAAUCUUGGCCGACGCGCAAGUAGUGCACCGAAAGAGGUGGUCAAUGUCACCAUUUUCGAUUUGGUGAACAAGCUGAUCGCUUUCAAAAAGGCUUUUGACGGCGGUGUCAGGAUGGCUUGGACAGAUCCUACGGGCAAUAUCGCGGUGCUCAGCGACGAUGGCACGGUGGGUGUAUGCCGGUGUAUGGUAUGCGGCGAGAGGCGCUCAAGAGUCGGUGCUGACGAGCAUCGCGUGCCCCUUCCCUCUCUCUCAGCUCACGAGACUGGAAGAGAAGGGCUUGCAGGCAAAGUUGGAGAUGCUGUUCCGCAAAAGCUUGUACCUGCUUGCCAUCAACGUGGCCAAGUCGCACCGCGCCAAGAGACCCGUGCUGGGCAAUGACUCGCAUCCAGCCGUUGUGCGCACCUCGGAAGGCCAGCCGGACGAUCAAUUGCUGGGCGAAAUCUAUCGGCGGUAUGGCGAUCAUCUGUACGCCAAGGGCGACUAUGAUGGUGCGAUGGCGCAAUUCGUAAAGACCAUCGGUCUGGGCACGCAACCGAGCUACAUCAUCCGACAGGUGAGUAUGGCUGAAUGUCCCAUUACAAACAGCCACUCACCCCCUCAUCGCCCUUCCAUUCGCAGUUUCUGGACGCUCAGCGCAUCGCUCAUCUCACAACCUACCUACAAGAGCUGCACGCGCGAGGUCAGGCCAACUCGGAUCACACGACGCUAUUGUUGAACUGCUACACCAAACUCAAAGACGUCGCAUCUCUCGACCGCUUCAUCAAGCGACCCGUGACGCGCAAGCAACCUGGACAGGAUGAUACAGGCGACGAUGUCUUUCACGAAUCGGACGUGGAUCAGGAUCGCGAUGAGCUGCCCUUCGACUUGGCUACGGCGAUGCAGGUCUGUCGACAGGCCGGUUAUCACGGCCACGCAGCAUACUUGGCAAAGCGGUAUCAUCGGCACGAAGAGUACCUGCAGAUCCAACUGGAUGAUGUGCAGGACUACGACGAGGCUUUGACCUACUUGCGCACGCUAUCCCCGCAGGAUCUGGAGAUGCACCUUCAGCGCGUCGGAAAGAAGCUCUUGGCGAAGCGUACUACUGCGACGACCGAUCUGCUCAUAGAGCUGUGUUCCGGCGCGUUCUCACCCUCUCCUAUAGCUAUCGGCUCGGGCGUCGAUGCGGCUCCUCAGGCACCAUCCACGGCAGCUGCGUACCUUUCCUAUUUGCAGAUUGGCACUUAUGCCAAACAGAGCACAGCGGACAAUGUGAAUGGAGCAGCAGCAAAAGCGGUGCCAUCCUCCGACGCUCCGCCAUACUCGAUCGAAGGCGAUGCGGGAGAGCAGCAAGCCAGCAGGGUGCCGGCAUACCACACCCCAUCUCCUCGCGUCUUUUUCGCUCAGUUCAUCCGGCACUCUGCGCAAUUCAUUCGCUUCUUGGAGACGGUCGCGCUGGCCAGAUGGGGGCAGAGUAUCGAUGAGAAUGAGGUGGUGGUGGAGCAUCGAGACGCACCCCUCAAGCCUGGCGUGCUUGCCAUGAUGGAUGCGCCGGGACAAGACUUGACAAAGAGUCUGCGGCAGCUAGGCAUGGAGCCUGGCGAUGACAAGUACGAAGAGGAAGAGAGUGGCGAUCAGCGAGCCAUUUGGAACACUCUGUUGGAGCUGUACCUCGCCUCUGCGCGCGAGAGAAGUGGACGAGACGACAGCGGGCAUGAUGGUACGGCUGUCAUGGAAGGAUCGCCCGACGAGCGGCUCGAUGCGACGCAGCGAAGAGCGAGAUCGGACAGAGCGCUGAGGUUGUUGGAGCAGCACGAAGCGUUGCCCUACGACAUCACCCACGCUCUGGUGGUGUGCACGACGGAAAAUUUCGAGCGUGGAUUGGUGCUGCUUUGGGAGAGGCUGGGCAUGUAUGAAGAUGUGAUGAAGCUUUGGAUGGAUGUGGGCAGUGCCGAGGCGCACGCGGCUGGCGGAACAAAGGCCGAAGCAGCAAAGGAAGCCAGUCAUAGAGUCAUGGCUUGCCUGCGACGGUAUGGCGCUCUGCAACCGCACUUGUACCCCAUCGUACUGCAGUACCUCGUAUCGGAUCAAAGCAUCCUUGCGAAUCAUCAAAAGGACUUGUUGCAGGUCAUUGCGCACAUUGAGGAGGAGAACAUCAUGGGACCGUUGGAGGUUGUGCAGGCCCUCGGACGGACAAGGGUGGCUACCGUUGGACUGCUUCGCGAUUAUCUCAGUCGAACGGUUGAGCAGGAACGUCAGGAGAUCGAGGCUGUGAGUGCAGGAGGUGCAGCUACCGGUCAUGGCGUCGCUUACGAAUCCUUUUUUUUUCCCUGCCCAUCUUGUGUAGGACCAGAACCUGAUUACGACGUACCGAGGCGAGACGUCGAAAAAGCUGCAGGAAGUGUCGGAGCUGACGGAUGCGAACCAUCCGCGAGUGUUCCAGAUGACGAAAUGCACGGCUUGUGGAGGUCAGCUGGAAGUGCCCUCUGUGCACUUUAUGUGCAGACACUCUUUCCAUCACAGGUGUUUGGGCGAUGGAGAGAAUGAGUGUCCAGCUUGUGCUAGGGCGCACGCGACGGUGAGGGAGAUCAGAGCAAACAAUGAAGAGAUUGGGUCUAGGCACGAUCUGUGAGUGCAGUGCGACUUCGAUGAGCGAGGUGCUGGAGCAUCAAGACGCAUGACGAGAGCUCAUCAACGUCCGACCCUGCCUCGCCGUUGCUGCCAACAGCUUCUUGCAGCAAGUACAGAAUGCAGACGAUGGCUUCGAUGCCAUUGCCAACAUGUUCUCCAAGGGAUUGUUUGGCGCAAAUAGGCUGAUAUGA